AAUGUGUCUGCGCCGCGCUCCCGCGGCGGGAUCGAGUCCCCGACUGUCGGUCGGUGGGGUCGGUCUGGGAAACUGCGGCCCUGCCCCCGGUCUCCACCGUGAUCCCACUCGGAUCCACCCAGACCCGUACCCCCCCGCCCCCCACCGAUCUUAGACCCACCGCGGGAGCCGGGUCCCUUGGGGGCGGUGAGGAGAGCCCGAAGGAGACCAGGCUGGGCCCCAGUGCCUGCUAAGAACGUGACCUUCGAAGUAGAAAUUGGGAUUGGGGCUUUGAACCAGGUCACCUGGGAAAAGGCAGGGCUGGCGAGGAGGCGUCGGGGGUGAGGCCGGAGUUGGAUGGGGUGAAGACUCCCCGGGGCGGCAUCCAGGGGAGCCGCUGCUGACGAGAGGGCAGAGUCCCCUGGGCGUGGUGGGGAGCGGAUCCUCCCACCCGGCUGGAAACCUCUGCCAGUCGGGUGUGGAGGGGUGCCCUCAGCCCUCAGACAUCCCUGCCCCUGGUUGUGACGUUUCUCUUCAGCUUUGCCACUUGGGCACCCCAACCCCUGAAAGCUCCCCGCAUCCCGUCCUCCUCCAUCUAAAAUGUGGGCUGGUUAUUCCAGGCCUCCCUCUCUAAUCUCUUUAUCCAAUCUCCUCUGGGUUCUAGCUUCCUCCCUCCUGGCCUCUUUAGAGGGAAGGAUGUGACUUGUAUUUCUCCCCAAUCCACGUGUGGCUUUUCCGGGAGGGGUGGGGAUGACUCGGUGUGAAGAGCAGCCUCCCCUGGCUUCCACACCCCAUCACCUGGAGGGGACACCAGGGCACAGAGAAGCACAGCAUGCAGCAGGGGCACAUCAGCAUUUGUUGAUGCUUAGGAUGAGGGCGACAAGAACAGGUGAUGCCUGGAAGAGCACAGGGUGCCUCGGAAUCAGCUGUGGAGGGCUCUUCUACCUUCUGUAUGGGCUGCUUCAGCCGCUCAGUGUCUGGCCUGGUCAUCGGGCUGCAGGACGGCCCUGGGAGCAGAACACAUCACUGUGUACCAGGAUGGGGCACAGGCACCUCGGUCUGUCCUUGUAAGACCCGCAGCGCGAGUGUGUGUUAGGUGCAGGUGUGCGUGUGUGAGAGGCCAGGUGUGCAUGUGUGAGAGGCUGGGAACAGCUGGGUGUCCACGGCCUGACCCUGGACCUUUCCGAGGACCCCCUCCGAGAGCUCCCUGAGGGAUUCACUGCGCCUUCUCCUGGCCCAGGACCAAGGGUCGGCCUGGAAGAAUGCCUGGCAGGGCUCUGGUUCCCGGCAGCCCCCCCCAACCCUGCCCACCACAGGUGGGGUGACUGUGUGGGAUGCCUGGAGGCACGUCAGGAUUAGGGGUUGGAGGGUUACAGGAUCUGAGGCUCAGGCCACAUUCCUGCCUGGGUGUCCUCGCAGCUGGUAACCGGUAACCAGGAUGUAACCAGGAUUCCCCUGGGGAGCGAGCUGCUGCCCAACCCUCUUCCAACCGGAUGGUCUGCUCAGAUUAUCCCAUCCGGUUGCCCUGCCCCAAGGGCUGGGGGAGCUGGCUGCAGGCCCCUCUGCCCCCUGCCCCCACACUUUCUAGCCCAGGCACUCCUCCCUGAGGCUGGCUCUCCUUCCCCUAUCUGGGCUUCCUGGUUCUGGAUCCCAGGGACCCUAGGAGAGCAGAUGGACCCCGCCAGCCACAAAUGAUCACCCUCAGUAAGAAGUCAGACCGCACAGAGGGAAGGACGCAUGCCACCCCCCUGUCCGCAAACAGUCCAAUCGCCCUGGAAAUCCCAUUCCUUCUGCUCACUGACCCUCGUUUCUGGAGUGCUUGGCAGGAGAAGCAGGAAAGGGACAGGGGAGAGGAUCGUACACUCAGGAUUUGAGGGCUGGAAGGCCGUGGCCCUGUGACUCUUAACACUAUUGUGGGGUCACGGCCCCCCUUGAGAAUCUAAUAAAAGUUAUGGAACUGUCAUCAGAAAAACAUGCACACACACAAUUUCAAAGUAUGCAUGGAGCCCCUGUCCCACCUGUGAUUCCCCGGGAGGCCCCUGAGGUUUUUACUGGUAAGGAAAUUGAGUCCCAGAAAGAGAGUGUGGCUUGCCCCUGUCCACGUUAAUUGGUGGUAGGGCUUGAUAGUGUACUAUCAGGGACACACGGACCCCCCAUCACACACACACACAUACUCACUCACUCACUCGCACAGGGAAGGGGAUUGUUUCCAGGGAGAGCUGGCCUCAGCUGGCCUCUGAGGGGAUUGCGCCAUGUGCAGGCAGGUCCAAUCUGGUUCUGGGCAGCUGGGCAUGGGGCUGAGAUAACACCUCCCCAGUGCUACGGGCCUCACGCUCGCUGUCUCAGGCCGCCUUGGACACACUGACCCCAGGCUGCAGUAGCAGCAGUGUGGGGCUGGGGAGGCCAGCCCCAGCCUCUGCUCACCUGCCACAGCAUUGGCUCCCCAAAGCCUCACAGCCCCCAAAGGUGACCUGGGGGUCGCCAUGCUGCUCCCUGCCCUCCUCUGUGGGACGGCAUGGGCACUGGCUAACGGGCGGUGGUGUGAGUGGACAGAGACCAUCCUGGUGGAGGAGGAAGUAACCCCCCGUCAGGAGGACCUGGUGCCCUGCACCAGCCUCCAUCAUUACCAGCGCCGGGGCUGGCGGCUGGACUUGACCUGGAGUGGCCGUGUGGGGCUCUGCCCCAUCUACAAGACCCCGGAAACCAGGCCUGCUGCACGGAACCUGACGGUGAGGGCUUGCUGCCCAGGCUGGGGGCGGGGGGGGGGAGGUGGGAGCACCCACUGCACCCUGGCCCUUGCCGAAGCCAGCCUCGAGGGCCACUGCUUUGCCACAUGGCUGUGCCAGCCGAGGGCAGGCUCAGCUAACGCUUCUGUGGGCCUGGAGGAGUGCUGAGCCUGGCCUUGGGGACACAGCUGGCGGGACGGCCACCCCCAGCCCUGCCACAGCUGCUCCAGCCACAAACUCCCCGGUGGGUCCACAGACCCCAGCCUGCGGGAAAGACUGCGCUACGAGGCUGCAGCCCAGGAUGUGUGCCAUCAGUUGCUGGACGGUCCAUGCAGGGAAUGCCAUGUCCAGGUGCCCCCUGCUGAGUACCACGAGGCCUUCCUCUUUGCCUACCGUGCUGGAGCCCCAGCGGGCAGUGGGCGGGAGGAGCGGCUGGAGGCCGCGUGCCCCACCUUGGCCAGCUACGCCCAGGAUCGUGCGGCGCGACGCAUCCACGUGCGCUGGAGGAAGCCCGGCUUCUGCGAGCGCCUGUGCCUAGGGGGCCGGCUGUGCUCGGACUGCGCCUGGGCCUGCCCGCCCAGCUGCUCGGCAGUGGGCGAGGGGGGCGAGGGGUCCUGCGGGGAAGAGUGCGUGAGCGGCUGCGAGUGCCCGCCCGGCCUCUUCUGGGACCGCGCCCUCUGUGUGCCUACCGUCCGCUGGCCCUGCUACCACCGACGCCGGCGCUACGACCCCGGUGACACCGUGCGCCAGCUGUGCAGCCCGCGCGUUGGCCGGGACGGCCGCUGGCUCUGCGCGCAGGCGCCGUGCCCCGCCGAGGGCGCGGUGGGCGGGGACGGGCAUUACCUCACCUUCGAUGGGCGGAGCUUCUCCUUCCGCGGCCGCGCAGGUCGCCGCUUCAGCCUGGUGCAGGACUUCGUAAAGAGGCCGCUACUGACUGUACUGGAGCACGGGGACUGCAAUGCUGGGAGCUGCCUCCACGCCAUCUCGGUCUCCCUGGGGGACACCCACGUCCAGCUCAGGGACUCAGGAGCAGUACUGGUGGACGGGCAGGAUGUGGUCUUGCCCUGGAGCGGCCCUGGGGGCCUCAGCGUCUCCCGGGCCUCUUACACUUUCCUGCUGCUGCGCUGGCCUGGGGCCCGCAUCCUCUGGGGAGCGUCUGCCUACAUCACCCUGGACGCCCGCCACGCCCUCCAGGUGGCCUGGAACCAGCAGGAUGACUUCCGGACUCCUGCUGGCAACGUGGAGACCAGCAUUGCCGCCUUUGCUAGCAAGUUCCAAGUGGCAGGUGAGGGAAGGUGCCCCUCGGAGGACAGCGCCCCACUUUCCCGCUGCAGCACCCACACUCAGCGUCACAUUUUCGUGGAGGCAGCCUGUGCCAUCUUGCAUGGCCCAGUCCUCCAGGAAUGCCACGGGCUGGUGGACAGGGCACGGUUCCACCUGCGCUGCUUGGCACCUGUGUGUGGCUGCACCCACGGCGGGGACUGCCUGUGCCCCGUGCUCGCUGCCUAUGCUCGGCACUGUGCCCAGGAGGGUGCCCUGCUUUCCUGGAGAGACCAGACCCUCUGCCCUGUCCUGUGUCCUGGUGGCCAGGAGUACCAGGAGUAUGCCCCAGUGUGCGAUUGGAACUGUGGGGAGACUGAAGGCUGUGGGGAGCUGGGAAGCUGUGUGGCCGGUUGUAAUUGCCCCCUGGGGCUGCUUUGGGACGCUGAGGGCCAGUGUGUGUCCCCCGGCUCAUGCCCCUGCCAGCUUGGGGCCCAUCGCUAUGCCCCUGGCAGCGCUACCAUGAAGGACUGCAACCACUGCAUCUGCCAGGAGAGGGGCCUGUGGAAUUGCUCUGCUCAACGCUGCGCCCCACCGCGGGCAUUCUGCCCCCGUGGGCUCGUCUACAUCCCUGGUGCCUCCCUCCUCACCUGUGACAGCCCCAGUGCCAAUGGCUCCUGCCCUGCAGACAGCAUGGGGGGCUGUGUCUGUCCCCCAGGAGCCGUGUUGCUGGAUGAGGGCUGCGUACCUCCCGAGCGCUGUCCCUGCCGUCACGGUGGGCAGUGGUACCCGCCCAACGCUGCAAUCCAGGAGGACUAUAACAUUUGGGUGUGCCAGGGUCGGCAGUGGCGCUGCACGGGCCAGCGGUGCGAUGGGCGGUUCCAGGCACCAGGUGCCCCCCACCAUGUGACGUUCGAUGGGCUGGCCCUCACCUUCCCCGGGGCCUGCGAGUAUCUGCUGGUGCGGGCCAGCGGCCGUUUCACAGUCUCUGCCCCGGACCUGUCCUGCGGGGCCAGCGGCAUCACCUGCACCAAGGCGCUGACCGUGCGCCUGCAGAGCACCGUUGUGCACAUGCAGAGAGGCCAGGCAGUGACAGUGAAUGGGGUGAGUGUAACGCCCCCCAAGGUCUACACGGGCUCCGGGCUGAGCCUGCGCCAUGCUGGCCUCUUCCUGCAGCUCGCCACCUGCCUGGGCCUCACCCUGCUCUGGGAUGGGGGCACCCGGGUCCUGGUGCAGCUGUCCCCCGAGUUCCGCGGCCGGGUGGCUGGGCUGUGUGGAGACUUUGAUGGAGACGCCAGUAAUGACCUUCGGAGCCGCCAGGGAGUCCUGCUGGAGCCCACGGCUGAACUGGUUGCCCACUCCUGGUGCCUCAAUCCUCUCUGCCCAGAGCCAGGGGACCUGCGGCACCCCUGCGCCGUGAGGCGUGGUGUGCCCGGCUGGGCCCGCGCCCGCUGCGGGGUGAUGCGGCAGCCGCUCUUUGCCCGGUGCGGUGCGGAGGCCCCAGAGCAGCACUUCGAGUGGUGUGUGCGUGACACCCGCAGACGUGAUUCAGGGGGCGACUGUGUGUGUCUCUGCUCGGCCAUCGCCACCUACGCAGACGAGUGUUCCCGGCACCACCACGGGAUCCACGUGCGCUGGCGCAGCCAGGAGCUCUGCCCUCUGCAGUGUGGGGGCCAGGGGUAUGAGGCCUGUGGCCCCACACGUCCCCCCCCAACCUGCCAUGACCACGGUCCUGAGCCUGGGUGGCACUGCCAGGCCGUUGCCCGUGUGGAGGGCUGCUUCUGUCCUGAGGGGACUCUGCUGCACUGAGGAGUCUGCCUGGAGCCGGCUUCCUGCCCCUGCGAGUGGCGAUGGCGAGGCAGCUUCUUCCCCUCGGGCACCGUACUGCAGAAAGACUGUGGCAACUGCACGUGCCGGCAAAGUCAGUGGCUUUCUGGGGAUGACGGUAGCCGCGGGGAGGAGCCGGUGCCUGGCUGUGCGGAGGGAGAGGCCCCAUGCCAGGAGGGCGGGCACUGUGUGCCCCACGGGUGGCUUUGUGACUACCAGGAUGACUGUGGCGAUGGCUCAGACGAGGAGGGCUGUGACACCCCAGGCCGUGGGGAGGGGCAGAUGUCUUGCAGCUCCGGCCACUGCCUGCCCCUGGCCCUGAUCUGCGAUGGGCAGGAUGACUGUGGAGACGGGACAGAUGAGCAGGGCUGCCCGUGCCCCCAGGACUCACUGGCCUGCGCUGACGGGCGCUGCCUGCCCCCCGCCCUGCUCUGCGAUGGGCACCCUGACUGUCCGGACGCUGCUGACGAGGAGUCCUGUUGGGGGCAAGUGAACUGCACCCCUGGGGAGGUGUCCUGCAUCGAUGGUGCCUGCGUGGGGACCAUCCACCUGUGUGAUGGAAUCUGGGACUGCCCAGAUGGAGCCGACGAGGGGCCAGGGCUCUGCCCGCUCCUCUCUCUGCCCACUCCCCCGGCUGGUACCUUGCCUGGCCCCUCCGCUGUCUCCAGGGAGACUGCACCUACUCCCCAAUUCAGCGUCAGCCCCGCGUCGCCGUGCGGCCUCUUCGCGAGCGGCGGCAGCGGUGAGUGCGCCCCGCAGGGAUGGCGCUGCGACGGCGAGGACGGCGAGCACAGCCGCGACCGGCUCUGCGCGCCGCACCUCCCGCCCUGCGCCCGCGGCCCGUUCUGUGUGGCCCCCGCGCAGCUGUGCGACGGCGCCGCACACUGUCCCCACGGCUCGGACGGGGACCCCGGCGCCUGCGAGGGGCUGCCAGUCCCAGGAGGCCCCAACAGGACAGGGCUUCCCGGCCCAGAAUACUCCUACCCGGAUGGCCUCUGCCUCGGUUUCCAGCUGGUGAGGGUGGGGAACGGGGGGCAGCCUGACUGUGAAUUGGCGGGGGAGGCAGGGCCCUCCUGGGAAGAGCAGUGCUGUGAGGCCUGGGGCCCCUGGAGCCCAUGGGCGCCAUGCAGCCAGACGUGCGGGCCCGGGGUGCAGGGCUGCAGCCACCGCUGCUCCCCGCCCAGCCUCCCGGUGCUGCGGCACUGCCCGGGCCCCGAGCACCAGACUCAGGCCUGCUUCACGGCCGCCUGCCCAGUGGACAGUGAAUGGACCUCCUGGUCUCCCUGGUCCCCAUGCUCUGAGCCAUGCAGGGGCACCAUGGCCCGGCAGCGGCAGUGCCGCCCACCCCGGAACGGGGCCUACACCUGUGCCGUGCUGCCUGGGGCCCCUCCCAGCACCCGCCAGACCAGACCCUGCCCUCAGGACGGCUGCCCCAAUGUCACCUGCUCCGGGGAGCUGGUGUUCCAUCCCUGUGCCCCUUGCCCUUUGACCUGUGAUGACAUCUCUGGUCAGGCCGAGUGCCCCCCUGCGCCCUGCAGCAGCCCAGGCUGCUGGCGCCCCACAGGGCAGGUGCUGGGUGACGACGGGCGGUGGCCGUGGCAGUGCCCCUGCCUGGUGGACGGCACCCGCUACUGGCGCGGGCGGCGCGUCGAGGCCGACUGCCGGCUCUGCAUCUGCCGCGAUGGACGGCCCCGGCGCUGCCGGCCCAACCCAGACAGUGCCGUGAACUGUGGCUGGUCAUCCUGGUCCUGGACCGAGUGCCUGGGCCCCUGUGGGAGCCACAGCAUUCAGUGGUCCUUCCGGAGCGCCAACAAUGCCCGCCUCGCUGGCCGAGGUCGCCAGCGCUGGGGCAUCCACCGCAAGGCCCGCAGCUACUGCACCCGCCAGGGACCUGCGGGGACCUUGACCUCACCUCCAGCUCCCACGUGGGAAGCCGCCUGUGCUCAGGGUGCUUCCACGGGCACCACGGACCGAGGCCCCGCGAGGGUCCGCCGAGUCGGGGAUCACUGGCGAGAGGGCCCCUGCAGCUGCCCGUGUCUGCACGGCAGCACGUCACGCAGCUCCCACUACUGCCCGCUGGGCACCUGCCCCCAGGACUGGGUUCUGGUGGAGGGAGUGGGAGAGUCAUGUUGCCACUGUGUCCUGCCUGGAGACAACCACACGGUCCGCCACAUGGCCCCUCCAGCCCCAAGCCCCCGGAUCGGGGCCCCUCUGAUCACCUACAUUCUGCCUCCCCCCAGAGAUCCCUGCUAUUCUCCCCUGGGCCUGGCCCAAUGCCUCGAGGGGAUCCUGCAUGCUUCGCCCCAGCAGCUGGAGCGCCCCACCUGGGCUGCCACCCUAAGGCCUCCCACGGAGGCACCUGGGCAGCAGGGCUGGAGCCCCGUAGAGGAAGCUUAUACUCAGUGGCACGCCCAGCCCCCCUACUUGCAGCUGGACCUGCUAUGGCCCUGGAAUCUCACUGGCAUCGCUGAGCUGUCAAUCUCUGUGUCCCCAGGGCCAGUGCCUGGUGUAUGUCCCCUGGGCAAGCAGUGGCUGGACAGUGCACAGGGCCCUGCUUCCUGUGCAGAGCUCAGUGCCCCGAGAGGGACUGUCCAGCCCUCCCACCCUGGCUGCUGCUGCAGAGCACUGAACUCAGGGCGCGUGGCUCUGCUCUGCCAGCCCCGUGACCAGCACGUGACCCCGGGCGAGUGGCGUUCAGCAUGGGCCUCUGUUUUCCUGUUUGUAAAUGUUGAUUGGUCUGGAAAUUCUUUUUUUUUUUUAAUUUUUAUUUAUUUAUUUUUGGCUGUGUUGGGUCUUCGUUUCUGUGCGAGGUCUUUCUCCAGUUGUGGCAAGCGGGGGCCACUCUUAAUCGCGGUGCGCGGGCCUCUCACUAUCGUGGCUUCUCUUGUUGAGGAGCACAGGCUCCUGUGGUCACCCUGGACCCCAUGGAGCGAGUGCUUGGCCUCCUGUGGCCCUGCCCGACGCCACCGGCACCGCUUCUGCACCAGGCCCCCCGGCGUUACACCGUCCAGCUUGGCACUGCUGCCCCCACUGGCUUAAGUCCCACCUCCUUGCCCAGGCCCUGAGGCAGAGGAGGAGCCUUGCCUCCUGCUGGGGUGUGACCGUGUCCCGUGGAGCCCAGAUCCAAGCCCCCGCCACUCCUGUGUGGGCGGCCUCCAGAGCCGGACCCCACCCCGGGGCCUGGGGGAUUACUGCGAGGGGCCUCGGGCCCAGGGGGCCGCCUGCCAGGCUCUGCCAUGCCCAGUGACCAACUGCACCGCCAUCCAGGGGGACGAGUCCAGCCCCUGUGGCCCUCCCUGUCCUUGCUCCUGUGACGACCUCGUGCACUGGGUUUGGCACUGCCAGCCAGGCGGUUACUGCCCGCCGGACCAGGUGCUGAGUGCUGACGACGCUGUCUGCGUGCCGCCCAGCCACUGCAGCUGCCUGGGCCUGCUGACCCGGGAGCGGCACCGUCCCGGUGCUCAACUGGCGAGGCCCGAUGGCUGCAGCUGCUGCACCUGCUCCGAGGGCAGCCUGACCUGCACAGACCUGCCUUGCCCAGUGCCUGGAGGCUGGUGCCCGUGGUCAGAGAGGACGGCGUGCUCCCAACCCUGCCGGGGCCAGACGAGGACCCGCUCCAGGGCCUGCACCUGCCCGGUUCCUCAGCAUGGAGGGGUCCCGUGCCCUGGGGAGGCGGGGGAGGCAGGAGCCCAGCAUCAGAGGGAGAGCUGCGCCAGCCCCCCUGAGUGCCCAGUGGAUGGAGGCUGGGGCCCAUGGGGACCGUGGUCUCCCUGUGACGUUUGCCUGGGGCAGUCCCAUCAGAGCCGAGCAUGUAGCUGGCCCCCCACUUCUGAGGGAGGCCGGCCCUGCCCUGGGGGCCACAGGCAGAGUCGCCCCUGCCAGGACAGUUCUACUCAAUGCACAGACUGUGCAGGUGGCUAGGGUCUUCUCCCUUGUGGGCGGCCCUGCCCCCGCUCCUGCCGGGACCUGUCCCCCGGGGUCGUGUGCCAGCCAGGCUCGACAGGCUGCCAGCCCAGCUGUGGGUGCCUUGGCCAGCUGCCCCAGGACGGCCUUUGUGUGUCCCCAGCCCAGUGCCGCUGCCAGUACCAGCCCGGAGCCAUGGGGAUCCCUGAGAACCAGAGCCGGUCCGCAGGGUCUGGGCUCAGCUCCUGGGAGAACCUGGAGCCCAGGGAGGUGGCGACUGGACCGUGUGACAACUGCACCUGUGUGGCGGGCAUCCUGCAGUGGUGGGAGGUGCGGGGCUCCUGGGGCCCCUGGGAGGACGGCAGUGUUUCGUGUAGAGGAGGGGAGCAGCUGUGCUCCCGGUGCUGCGCCCGGCCACCCUGCCCCAGACCCCGCCUGAGCCGCAUCUGCUGCACCCAGGUCUGCAGAGAGGCAGGCUGCCCGGCCGGGCGUCUGUACCGGGAGUGCCAGCCCGGCGAGGGCUGCCCCUUCUCCUGCGCCCACAUCACUCGGCAGGUGGGCUGCUUCUCCGCUGGCUGCGAGGAGGGCCGUCACUGCCCCGAAGGCACCUUCCUGGACCGUUUGGCCUGUGUCCCGCAGUGCUCCUGUGUGCUGACUGCCUCGCUGCUGCAGGAGCUGCGAGCUGCCGGCGCUGACCCGGGGGCUCACCUGUCCAUUCUGGGAGAGGGGGGUCAGCCCCUUGGGCCUGGAGAUGAGUUGGGCUCAGGUCAGACCCUCCAUACAGGCUGCAGCAACUGGUUUGGACCGUGGAGAGCCAGGGAGCUGCAUGGGGUUCGGGGCCUGGCACUGGCAGGUGCUCCAGGGAUUGGCAGAUGGGAGGCAGAGGGGCAGAGACAGAGGGCAGCUAGGGCAGGAGGUGGGCAAGACCCACUGUGCCUGGGGGCAGCUACAAGCGGACAUAAAGCCACAGCUGGGCCUGUGGCUGCCAAGAGGGAGAACUGUGACGGCUUGGGGGCGGGGGGCCGGGGAGGAGCUGCAGGAGGAGGGGCCCCCUGCCCACCCCCACGCCUCCUUCCCUCCGUGACGUCCAAGAUGAACCCCUCUCCUGCAGACCUGCGGUCCCUGUCCUCGCCCCCCCUUCUGCGCGGGCUGCUGGAGCAGGCUGGAGGCUGCAUUCCCCCAGAGCAGUGUACCUACCAGCACAUCUCAGGAGAAGGAGCUGGGGUGACCCUGGCCCCCGGGGACCACCUGCAGCUGGGCUGCAAAGAGUGUGAAUGCCAGCAUGGGGCGCUGCAGCGCACCACGGGCUGUCAGGGUCUUCUGCCUCUGAGCCGCUGGUCCGAGUGGUCCCCCUGUGGGCCCUGCUCCAGGACUGCCCUAGAGGAGCACUGGCCCAGGGACCCAGCUGGCCUCUCCUCCACCUCGGUCCCCACGCUGGCUUCAGAGCAGCACCGCCGCCGCCUCUGUUUGGACCCCGAGACGGGGAGGCCAUGGGCCGGGGAUCCAGACCUCUGCACCGUGCCACUCAGCCAGCAGCGUCUCUGCCCAGACCCGGGAGCCUGCCAAGGUUGAUGCCAGUGGAGUCCUUGGGGGGCCUGGAGCCACUGCCAGGUACCCUGCAGUGGGGGUUCUAGCUGCGCUGGAGGAGGCUGCCAGGGGCCAUGGGCUCAGACUGAGAGCUGCACCGUGGGGCCUUGCCCAGAGAGCUGCGAGGCCCAGGACCCCGUGCCCACCCUGGACCGUGCCGACCACUGCCCAAGAAGCUGUGCCGACCUCUGGGUCCGCGUGCAGUGUCUGCAGGGACGGCGCCACCCAGGCUGCCGCUGUCCCCCUGGCCAGCUGGUACAGGAUGGGCGCCGUGUGCCCAUGUCUUCUUGCCGCUGUGGCCUCCCCAGCCCCAGUGCUUCAUGGGUGCUGGCUCCGGCCGAGGGGUGGCUGGACUGCAAAAGCUGCACCUGUGUUAACGGGUCCCUGAUGUGCCGCCCCCAUGAGUGUCCAGCCCUCGGGCCUUGGUCAGCCUGGAGCAGCUGCAAGGAAGGUCCUGCGGGGGCACCGUGCCAGGCCCAGGACACGGAGCAACGGCAGGAACGUAACCUGCAGCCCUGCCCCGAGCGCCCACCUGGCCAGGUGCUCAGCCCCUGUGCGACCUCGUGCCCGCGCCUGUGCUCGCAUCUGCAGCCUGGCACCCUCUGCAUGCAGGAGCCCUGCCAGCUUGGCUGUGACUGCCCUGGAGGGCAGCUGCUGCGCUACGGCACGUGUGUGUGCCGCUCUCUGCCCUGGGGCCUCAGCUUGACUCCUGAAGAGCAGGGCCGGGAGCUGACCCCAGGGACUCUGCUCACCCAGAACUGCACCCGCUGUGUCGGCCAAGGCGGAGCCUUCAGCUGCCCCGUCGCUGGCUGUCGGGGUGAGAUUGCCCCCCCCGGAGAAAUGUGGCAGCAGGUGGCCCCCGGGGAGCUGGGGCCCUGUGAGCAGACGUGCCGGGAGCCCAACGCCACGGAGACUCAGGGCAGCUGCAGUGCGGGGCAGGCCCCGGGGGACCCUGGGACAGCCGGUUCCGGGCCGCGCUCCCUCCCCGCCGGGGCGCCCUCCCCUCCGGGGGUCCCGGUCCCCAAGGUGGUCGCGGCUACGGCAUCCUCAGGCCAGGCCGCGGGGGGAGGGGGCGGCCUGGAGGCCGUGGCGGGAUCCCUGAUCUGGGCGAGGCGGGCGGUACGGGCGGAGUCCUCGCAGAUGAGCCAGCCUUGCGGGGAAGGACUCGCCCGCUCGCCCGCUUCUUCCUCUGCACUUGGGCGGCCGACUCCGGGCGAGUCCCGCGCAGCCUUCCGCUGCCUCCCCACGCGGCUGGCCUAG